AAAUGUUUUCUGUCGCAAAAUGGCGAACUUGCCAGAGAAACGUGCUUCAUUGCCUUUGUUUGGGCGCUUGUUUUAGCUUAUCAGAGGCAGUAACGAGGGGUGUUGUGGUUUACUUUCAUAGUUAGAUAUCUUGAGAAACGACAUGUAACAUUUGAAACGAUUGAAUUUGUGUCUAAAGGCUCGAAAUGUGCUUUUGAAACAAACGAUGUCUGCAUUUUAGACGCGAUGGCUUCAUUGAAAAUAGCCCGUGUGGCUUCAACAUUCACCUGUGGUUGUUGUUAUUGUAACAGACAUGUAGCCAAAUGUUUUUUGCAUCCAAUCAUGUACUUACAUUGGAAACUUUCCCCGAUUAAGAAGUGAUUAUUAAGAUACAAAUGCACGAGAAAGCACACGCGCUCCCAAGCUUGCAACUAUCAGCCACAACAAGCAGGGUGUCUCCUCCGACGUCCGCGCCUCAGUAGUAUCACCCGGGCUGGCUGUCGGGGAGAGGCAUUCGCUCUCUGUGCUUCGUUUGUAGCUGACGUGACUUUCUACACUCAAACCUACCAUUAUGGCUGAUGUUGCUGCUGCCCCCGCUGCUGUCAAGACUCCCAAGAAGAAGGCUGCUGCCAUGAAGAAGGUUGCUGCACAUCCUACUUAUUUGGAGAUGAUCAAGAAAGCUAUUUCAUCCUUGAAGGAAAGGGGUGGUUCUUCCCGACAGGCUGUUCUGAAAUACAUCCUGGCCAACUACAAAGUUGGUGACAACCAGGUCGCCAUCAAUGCUCGCAUCAAGACUGCUUUGAAAAAUGGAGUCAAUAACGGCGCACUGAAGCAAUCAAAGGGAACUGGAGCUGCUGGGUCCUUCCGUCUUGGCGAGGUAAAGAAAGCUAAACCCAAGAAGGCUAAGCCAGCUGCCAAGCCAAAGAAGGCUGCCAAAUCUCCCAAGAAAGUCAAGAAGCCAGCUGCUGCCAAGAAACCUAAGACAGCCGCUAAGAAGGCCGCCAAGUCACCAAAGAAGGUGAAGGCUGCAGCCAAGCCAAAGAAGGCAAAGACCCUAAGAAGGCGGCGGCCAAACCCAAGAAGGUCAAGACCCCAAAAGAAGGCAACCAAGCCAAAGAAGAUGGCUGAUGUUGCUGCUGCCCCGCUGCUGUCAAGACUCCCAAGAAGAAGGUGCUGCCAAAUGAAGAAGGUUGCUGCACAUCCUACUUAUUUGGAGAUGAUCAAGAAAGCUAUUUCAUCCUUGAAGGAGGGUGGUUCUUCCCGACAGGCUGUUCUGAAAUACAUCCUGGCCAACUACAAAGUUGGUGACAACCAGGUCGCCAUCAAUGCUCGCAUCAAGACUGCUUUGAAAAAUGGAGUCAAUAACGGCGCACUGAAGCAAUCAAAGGGAACUGGAGCUGCUGGGUCCUUCCGUCUUGGCGAGGUAAAGAAAGCUGAAAAACCCAAGAAGGCUAAGCCAGCUGCCAAGCCAAAGAAGGCUGCCAAAUCUCCCAAGAAAGUCAAGAAGCCAGCUGCUGCCAAGAAACCUAAGACAGCCGCUAAGAAGGCCGCCAAGUCACCAAAGAAGGUGAAGGCUGCAGCCAAGCCAAAGAAGGCAAAGACCCCUAAGAAGGCGGCGGCCAAACCCAAGAAGGUCAAGACCCAAAAGAAGGCAACCAAGCCAAAGAAGGCAUAA